AUGGCGUACCAAUCGCGCCCGGAGCCCAUGAACGCCUCCCCCAACCACCCCAAAGUCAAAGUGAGCAUCACGCUCUCCGAUCCUACCUUCGUCGCGGGCGGAGCGGUGACGGGCAAGAUGGAGAUGGAGUGUAAGACGGAUAAGGGGCUGGGUAUUGGGAUUAUUAUGGUGGAGCUGUUUGCUGUUGAAGAACUAACCUCCCGAGACCACUCCGCGACCUCACACUUCCUGCACUCUCGCCGGCUUUUCCAAGGUCCCGGUUUACCCCCUUCCAACGCCGUCCUGCCGCACCCUCUCCCUCUUCCUGCUCUCCCCUCCUCGCCACCCAACGCUUCUACACCCUACGAUCCCGCCCUGACAGGCGAAGAACCCGCCCCCCUCCCAGCACACUACUUCCCCUCCCGCCGCGGCUCCACCACCUACCUCUUCAAAUUCCCACUCCCGCCCAGCUCGCCCUCUUCCAUCGAAUUCGGGAAAGGAUUGGCGAGGGUGAGGUAUGAGGUUAGGGCGACGGUGGGGGUUGUGUGGAAAGAAGAGAGGAGGUUGGUCGUGGUGAGGAGGGAGGUGGAUGUUGUGGAGGGGUUUAGGGAGGUGCGGGGUGGGAUGGAGAUGGGCAUAAGGGAGGGUGGUGAACGCGAUGAGGGAGAGGAUGCGGAUGCGGAUGGGGAAGGAGGAGCGAGAUUCGGGUUGAUGGGGAGGAAAGAGCCUGAAGGCGUUGUCGUGGGCGAACAUGGGAAAGUAUGGGUGCACGGGCGGGUCGUGGGCGGGUUUAUCAUUGCGGGGGAGAGCGCGUGUGUGGAGUUGAUGGUGAAGAAUCAUUCGGGGCGGAAGAACACAUCCCUCUCCCUCGCACUUACUCGACACCUACACCUUCCCCGCCUGGCCUCCUCUUCUUCUUCAUCUUCCCCGAACCCACAAGCGCAAUCACAAUCACAGUUGCAAAUCUCAGAUACGCUCAUGACCGUGAAUUUUAAAGGACAGGAUUACGUAGCGCAGCCAGGCACGGAGGGACUCGCGAUGCUCGUUUUUGAUGUACCGGGUGGGGCGAGGGGGGUUAGGGGGGGUUUGAGGGUUAAGGGUGCAGGGGGUGGUCAACGCGGGGUGCAGGAGGAUGGGGAGGAUAGCGUGCAAGAAGAAGAGGAGGAGGAUUUCGUGGUGGUGAAGGCGGGAGGAGGGAAAGGAAAGGGUAUGGUGAAAGGGAAGGGGAAGGGGAUGGGGAGAGAGAAGGGAAGGAAAGAGGCGUUGUUUGAGGUGAGGUGUAUGUUGGUGGUUAGGCUGGGGAUGCCGCUUGGCUCGAAAGACAUCUCGCUCGAAAUCCCCAUCACGGUCUAUCACCCCCUCGCGCUCCCGCCUGUCCCUCCACCCUUACCUCUCCCCAGCCCGAACACGCAUAUGUACGACCUCGCUCGUUCGCCUGGGCCUUAUCCACCUACGUCUCCUGGACCUUACCAAUCUACGCCUACGUCUCCCCCUCCCGGACCUUACGCGUACCCACAUCAACCUAUGUCUCCUGGGCCUUACCAGCCUACGUCUCCCGCGCUAUACCCAUCUACGUCUCCCGCCCCCGGACCCUACCCAUACGCACUCCCCCCAACAUCCGACCGCGUCGCAUCACCCUACCCGAACGGUUACCCUAAUCCUAUGACUCCGCCUCCACCUCUAUCGCCCCCGCCCAUGCAGCCACUCAUCCCACAGACGUAUUAUGACCCGGCGACGAAUCAGGUUUGGUUCGUUUCUCCUCAAAGUCAAUCACCACCUCCACCGCCAUAUCCAGCUUCGCCUUCGCAUGCGUACCAACAAUCACAACCCUACGCCACGCACCAACAAUCCUACGCCACGCACCAACAACCCUACGCCGCGCACCAGCACCCAGGACACACAUCCUUCUCACCUCCCCCGCCACACUCACAGCAGGGAUAUUGGUAUCCGCCACCACCUAUGGAUGGAGCGCAAGGUUAUGCGCCGUUUGCGUUACCAUCGCAUCCACCACCUCCAUUGCUGCCCCCACGACCGUCGAGCGCGGGGGCGGGGGCGGUGGGUUCGAGGGGGAUGGGGAUGGGGAUGGUGGGGAAUCCGGUUAUGAAUGUCGGGAUGGGGGUUUCGGGGCUUCCACCUGUUCAGAAUCCGAUGGAGAUGACGAUGCACAACAUCGGUCCUGUCCCACUCGGAUACCAGCAGCAGCAUUCGCAUCAGCGUGAAUACUCUGGAGCAGGAGUAGGAGCAGGAGAGGAAGAAGAAGGCAAGGGCGAGCGCGCGUCGCGGAUCUCGAACCAUUUGAGGAUGACGAGUCGGAGUCGGGGGAGGAGCGUCAGUCCGACUUCGCAUCGGUUCGCUCCUCCUGCUACGACGGUGACAGUUCAGCCUUCGGGAGGUGGUGUAACUGGACCGUCGGUGCCGGUGCCGCCUUCGCUCGUCCCUGCGUCUGCGUCUGCCAAUGGGAAAGGGGAUGGGAGGACGGGGACGGGGACGUCGCCGCGCGAGGCGAAGUUGCAUCUGUCGCUUGCGAACCUGCCGCCGCCGAUUUCGACUUCUGCCUCUGCCUCUGCGUCGGGCCAUUCGGGCUCACCGGGGCAAGGACAAUACGGUCAUAGUCCACGAAGCCCACAUCAUUCACAGACGCAAAGCCCAGAACUACACUCCCCCAGGCCUAUCCCAUCGCCAAAACAUACAGUCAACGUCAACGUGGAUCCUUUCGCGCACCAACAUUACGCCCGCGGAAAUGAGAAGUACGCGUAUUCGAUGAGCAAGAGUGAGAGGGUGGAGAUGUUGGAGCAGUUGGCGGAUGAUAUGCAGGGGGUGGGGGAGAGGUUGAGCCUUGAUCGUGCACGGGAGGAACGGGAGAGGGAUAGGGAGAAGACGUUGCCUAGUCCGCCUGUGCCUACGAGGGAUUAUAAGGACAGGGAGACUCGGAUUCGCACUCGGGCGAACGAUAUCUUCACCACGGGCGAGAAGGUGAAGGUUGACGCUAACACUGGGGAGGGCGCACACGAUAGGGAUGGAGAUGUGGGGUUAUUGAGCGUCACGCCAAAGACGCCGACGUUAUCUGCGUUGAGUCUGCUCAAGCCGCCGAGGCAGAGGAAGACGAGUGGCGGUGGCGGCGGUGGUGAUGGUGAUGGUUCCCCGAACGCUCUCAACCCACUCACGCCCAUCGCUCGUGCUACCUAUAUCAAUGACGACGUUCCGGGACUAUCAAGCUCUUCACCUUCAAAACUUUCCGAAAAGCAUCUCUCAUCACCUCGUUCAUACACCCACCUCGCAGCAUCUCUCAAGCCUAGAAAAGCAGACGAACAAGAACACGAACUCAGCGGCCUGGACGCCCUCGAACGCCGUCUGCUCGCGGACGUAGGGACACGUAAACUAGAGAAGGAACGACGGGCGGAUGUGAGGAGCGUUAUUUCUGGUUUGCAGGCGCAGGUGCAGGCUGCCGGUGGAGGAGUUGGUGGAGGAGUGGAGCCGAUCAAGAUACCUACACCGGUGGCUAGAGGAGGGGAGGGGGGUCCAGAGGACGUUACGAUGGAUUCGGCGAUUUCGAGCUUGACGUUGGGAGGUGGUGCGGAGGGGAUGGGGAUGGGGAUGGGUGGUGGGCUUGGUGGUGCUGGUCCGGGCGUCGUCGAUGUGGAGAUGGGAGGGGUGCGGAAUUCACCUUCACAUGAUGCGGUUGUCCCUUCUGCUUCUGGUGUUGGACCUUUGGACGUCGAUGCUGAUGUCGAGGACGAUCAUAUUUCGGAGGAGAGGACGCAGAAGCAGGGACGAGAUGGGCAUUCGAGGUCUGGUGGAUCUGGGGAGUCGGAACGGGGUGCAUGGACGGCGAAGAAGGGCAAGGGGAAGAGUGUAGCUUCCGAGGGGAAGAAACGGAGUCAUCGAGAUAGAGAUAGAGAGAAGGAUAAGGAGAGGAGGAGCGGGAAAAACUCGAGGAGGGAGGGUAAGGAGGGUAGAGAAGAGAAGGAGGAGGCGGUCAGGCUGAGAAGAGCGGCAAAGGGGAGGGUGGCGGAGUGGUUGGGGAAGGUCACGCCAGUGGAGGUGCCGGACGUACCACCGCUGGAGGAUCUGAACAAGGGUGGAGGAGGGGUGGGAUCGGUUCCGGUCUCACCUGCGGUUGUAUUGGGGACGUUGCCCGACCUUGGAGGAAAGGCUGAGGAGGAUACUACAGCGAAGAAGCAAGAAGUGGACCCGAAGACAGUGGAGGAACCAUCGUCGGCGCCCAAUCCUCGUUCAUCCGGAUUCGUGCCCAUGGCCACCAUUCGCGCUCGCCAGUCUGCUAUCCGACAGGAUCCAAGUAACCCUCCGAAUUCUACUCCUCUUUCUCCCCGUGCUCGGUUCGAGGCUGCGCUGGCUGCCAGUGCCCCUGCCCCAGCACCCAAGCCUCAUCAUAUUCCGCUCCCGAAGAAGCUUCCUCCUUCAGUGCAGAACCUUUUCCCUCCGCCGCGACAAGGUGGCCCAAAACAGGCUACAGGUUUGGAUAGUGCCGUGAGCAAGUAUGAUGUGAGGUCCGCGAGAGGAGGUAGGGGAGGCAAAGUCACCCAGGUCACGGCGAUUUGGUCUUCGACGGCUGGUGACAAUGCCGAUGCGAAGGCCUCGACACCUGCCCAUGUCGCUACCGUAGGAAAGCCGAAGGCCCUCGUUGGCGACAAAUCCGACAAAAAGCUCGCGACGCCCGCUCCCGCUGUAGGAAAACCGAAGGCACUCCUCGCUCCCUCGAAUCCUAAAGCGAAACAUUCUUUGUCUUCGACACCACCUUCUGGUGCCGCAGCCGUGAGGAAGACACCGUCCCCGUUGGCAAGUCCUGUUCCUACGGCCAAGUCAGCUUCUGUUCCUGCCAGUGUGUCCAACUCUCUCGCCACACCUGUUUUGUCGUCGACUGCUUCGUUGGCGCGAGGUCCGGGCUGGGGACGAAGGACUUCCAUGCCCGUGCUGUCGUCUUCACCAAUGGCUAAGGCCUUACCGAUGGUGACGGAAGCCUCUGGAGGUGCUGGGGAAAGCGAUGCGUUGAAGAAUAACAUAAGACAUGAGGAGGUUGGUAACAGUGCUGCUGGAAGUGUGGGCGUAAUCGGGCAACACAUGGCGUUUGGGCAGGCGAGGCUAAGGGAGCUCAUCAAGAAGUAUCAAGGGCAGGCUGCGUAAUCAAGGGAUUGUAUUUCUAACCGUGACGGUUUGUUCGACGUUUUAUCCCUCUCCAUCUCCUUAUUUGCCUGUUGUGUGUUUCAUUGAUACCACGUUCACGACCUUUCUUUUUUUGCGAGGACCAUUAGAUCUGUACCUCUGAUUUCUGGCUCAUGGUGUUAUCUCGAUUCGCUUUGAUUCCUGGAUAAUUUCGCAUCUGUCUCUAUAUAUACGCAUCUGCUUUGGGUUUCGUUCUAUUGACUUAUCCACUUUGCUCUUUCGUCCUGUUGCAUAGUAUGACCUGUUCCCCUAUUUCAUUGGUUCUGUCUCAGUCCUUGUUGCACUUAUAUUCCGGAUCACUUACGACGACUUACGAAUGACACGACUGCU